AUGCGUGUCGCUCUUCGUCCUCUUGCGCCUCUAUAUGCUAGAUCGCUAGUCGCACAGAAUGUCGUCCGUUUCGCAAACUCACGCCAACGCUCCACCACUACCGAACCAGCAACUGAGAAAUUGAGCCCGCGAUGGCUAGCGGAUGUCAAACAGCGAUUGGGCAAGUGCAUGACCUUUGGAAUGCGACCUGAGCAGGUGGCUCGAGCAGGUGCCGUACUCGACACGGUAGCAAGAGACUGGCGGGAGUUGGUCGCUGGCAGCGAAGGCUUCUUGACCUCGGAGGACCGCAGAGGAUUUUAUCGUCAUGCGGUCGUUUGGGGGGAGAUGGACAGUAUGGGCAACAGCCAUGUCAACAACGUGAUGUACAACCGGUAUGCCGAGUCAGCUCGCGUCAACUGGACGAGGAACUUUGCCGUGGAUAUCGAUCCCAAGCACAGGAAAGAAUGGAUUGAACUCAUGACGCCCAAGAGUCUGGGCUUGAUCCUGAGAUCCAUCACUACUAACUACAAAUUCCCGAUGACCUGGCCGGACCAUAUCUCGGUAUACCACAAACUCGCCUCUGAACCGACGGCAGAAACAGACUCUUUCAUCUUGGACGUCGUCAUUAUGUCUGAGCUGCAACAGCGACCAGCAGCACGGUGUGUGGAGGAUAUAGUCGUGUAUGAUUAUCAAGCAGGUAAAAAGGCACCUCUAUUACCUUUCAUGGUAGAUGCGUUCCGCAAGACUUGGAAGUUGCAGGAGGAAGCAAAGAAAGAGAACAGCGAGAGAGUGAGACGAUUACUCAAAGAGGUUCGAGCACUAGAGAAGGAGACGUGGGACAGACCUGAUGCUGUGGAAGACAUGGGUGUUGCUGGGCAUUGA